AUUAUCUGGACUGCAACUUACACACAACAGGAUUACUUUUCUACAAAUGCUGCAGAGGCUCAUGCCCUUCACCCCCCAAAAUCUCUCUGCAAGGAUUUCCCACUUGGGGUAUCAGAGACCCCAGAGAAUCAGCAGCAGCAGCAGCUCCCAGUGACUCCCACCUGCCACCCCCAAACAUGACUUCCCUGGACUGUGCUAAUAACACUGGAGGUGUAAUCAGCUACGUGGGCUCCAACGGCUCAUCACCCAAUCGCACCAGCCCCGUGUCCCUGUACAGCGACUGCUCCACUGGAAGCCCCCAGAGCGGGGUCACCCACUAUUCCAACUACUUGCCACCAUCACCCUCCAACUCAUACAGUGCCAACUCCUCUGGAUCUGGGGGGGAAUCCUCUCCACGUUCAUCCUACGGCCUUGCAUCUUCACCAGGGGGGCUUCAUGUUGCUCUGGAUGAUGGAAGCAGAGUGUCCCCCAGCAAAACCUCCAGCAGCAUCACCAAGCUGAAUGGUAUGGUCCUGCUGUGCAAGGUCUGUGGAGAUGUGGCCUCUGGAUUUCAUUAUGGGGUCCAUGCUUGUGAAGGCUGCAAGGGCUUCUUCAGGCGCAGUAUCCAGCAGAACAUCCAGUACAAGAAGUGUCUGAAGAACGAGACUUGCUCUAUAGUGAGGAUCAAUAGAAACCGCUGCCAGCAGUGUCGCUUCCGCAAGUGUCUGUCGGUGGGAAUGUCUAGAGAUGCUGUGAGGUUUGGUCGAAUCCCCAAGAGAGAGAAGCAGAGGAUGCUGGCGGAGAUGCACAGUGCUAUGAACCACAUUACCAGUGGUCAGAGCCAUUUCGGAAGGCGCAGUCCAGUUCCACUUCAACCCCAUCAACAGCUCCAUCCUUCCUCCUCUCCUCUCAUGGGCACAGCACCCACCUCCCUGCCGACUCAGGCCUACUCACAGUACCCACAGCAGCUCACCCCACCCACAUCCCCCAGUCCAGACCACAAUGAUGAAGUGAUUAGUCAAGUGGCUAUGGCUCACCAGCAGAUCUUUGUCUAUGCCAAUGAUAAAGUGGGCAAAAAGACUUCCUGGGACCAUCAACAUGGGAACCAACCCCCGCCAUGCUGGUCACAUGACAGUGAGGAAUCCCAUGAUAUUCGGCUGGCGUGCCCAAUGAACGCUCUACAUCAGGGAGGUCCCGUUCGCUCUGUGCAAGAGGUGUGGGAGCAUUUCUCCCUCAGUUUCACCCCAGCUGUGCGAGAAGUUGUGGAAUUUGCCCGACACAUUCCAGGCUUUAAUGACCUCACUCAGAAUGACCAGGUCACCCUGCUGAAGGCUGGCACAUUUGAGGUGCUGAUGGUUCGCUUUGCCUCCUUGUUUGACGCCCGGGAACGUUCCUUGAGGUUUCUCAGCGGCGCCACCUACUCCCUCCCAGAACUUCAUGCCAUGGGAAUGGGGGAGCUUCUCGGCUCCAUGUUUGACUUCAGUGAAAAGCUGUCGUCCCUCAGUCUGAGUCAGGAGGAGCUGGGCAUCUUCACUGCACUUGUCCUGGUGUCUGCAGAUCGCUCAGGGAUGGAGAAUUCCUCCUUAGUAGAACAGCUCCAAGAGACUCUCAUCCGUGCCCUGCGUUCCCUCAUCCUGAAGAACAGCCCAAACGAUACCUCCCGAUUCACCAAACUGCUCCUGCGCCUCCCAGACCUGCGCACCCUCAACAACUUGCACUCCGAGAAACUGCUCUCCUUCCGGGUUGAUGCCCACUGAUGCUGCCAUGGCUCCAAGCUUUGGUCGGGCAGAGCACUGGCACUUUAAACUGAACCUAAGAAGCCGAGUGACUUCACAAGCUGUGCCUAUUGGGAGAACCCAUUGGAGGAACUGCUACAAGAAGCAUGAACCACAUGAGCAUGGCAUCCGGGCAAAGGGGUGAAGCGGAACAUUGCACCCAGUAAAGUAAUGGCAUAGACUGUUCCAAGAGACGAGGAAGGCUGAAUUAGGACUCAUUUCCGAGGGACCUGUAUAUAUAUACAUAUAUAAAUAUCACAAAUCUAUACAAAUGUCCUGUAAAUAAGAACUGGGCGGAUAUAACUAUGAAUUUAAUUCAAUCCUCCUCAAACCCACCCCUCAUGCCAGUUGGCCCCACAGUGCUAAGCUCUGCAUGUUUUUAUAUACGGGGAUGAAAGCCAUGUACCGCCAUCUUGGAUUCUACAGCGCAUCACUGUCCAUAUCCAUUUGCUACUGGGAAACGAGACAGACUGUUUGAUGGGAAUAUACAGGGUUUAUAGGGGCACCGUGCUGUGAAGAUCUCAUUUCUUUGUGUGUAAAUAUAUAUAUAUAUAUGUUUUAUUUAUUUUUUUUGUAACUAUUUAUAAAUCAUACUGCAGCUACCAAUAAAUAAAUGUUUUAUCAA